AUGAUUCAACUCGCAAGAUUUGAAAUAUUUCAAAAGAAAGAGGCAGUUGAGAAAUUCAAGCCAUUGAUCGAUCAUCUCACCAGUUGUGACCAUACUAUAUUUUUGAAUGAACUAUCCAAAAUCUGUGAAUGGGAUAGAAUUAGAGAUGACCUUUAUGUAUGGAUCCCUGUUUUAAAUAGAAUCGAUGAAACUUUAACUUCUAUCAUUGAUAAAUAUGGUUAUAAGACUACAGAUUUCAAGAAAAAGGCUGUUAAAUUGACAUGCAUGGAACCCGAUGACAUUGCUAUAUGUGUAACAAUGAUGGAAUUUACCUGCCGUCUCUUAUAUAACACAGAAAAUCGAUUUAUUUACUCGUCUAUGGAUGUGAUGAAUACUUUACUGAAUUGUCCUAAUUUUGAAAUAAAACUAUGUGCAAUAAAAAUUCUUGCGAUAGUUGGGGAAAGGUACCUUAUUGCUAGAGAGAGGAUUGACUCUGAGAAUGUACUAAGUCAUCUGCAUCUAAAGAAAAAAGCACUUAAAUUGGCAUUAACACUACCGUCAUCCGUUUCCGACGAAACUGGAAACCAUGUGACGUUAGUGGAUCUUUAUACGACCAAGAAAUCAUAUCCUGAGAAAUGGUCCAAACUAAGGUUUAACUAUUUUAUUCCUGAAAAAGAUACUGAUGAUAAUGGCGUCACAAACUCUCAAACUUCUAUCUCAUCAAAUAUGAAAAAAUUCAUAUUGAGUACAGAAGAUCUCCAGAAUAAUUCAUUGCAACAACUAUUUAAUAAGGGUAUGAAAGUCUUACCCUGUGAGCAUUGGUAUGAUUUUUCACUCAAAGUGUCUGUUGCCAAGUCCUUCUGUAACAACUCAGAUGAAAAUGAAAAACUAAGGAACCUAAUAGUAAGGACCAAGUUUAAUACCGUUGCAUACAUUAACACAGUUUAUGCACCUCCGCAAGUUAGUUCGAAACUAUUCGAGGUUGACCCAUAUACAUUUAACAGCUUAUCAGACUUCAUAUCAUUAGCUGAACCUCGGAUCCCUUCAAAAUUACGUCUUGAUUGUCUUUUUGCAUUGGAAUGUAUAUCAAUAAAGCAUAUUUGGUGUUCUGAUAUAAUGAGAAACCUGGGUGGUAACCUAUCCCAUGGUACACUAUUCCAAAUUCUACGCCAAAUAUCAAAUUUGCUAAGAAGCGAUAGCGAUGAGAUUAACGAAGAAUAUAAUGUAAGAUUUUUUUAUCUAAUCUCUAAUCUUGCCGAUGUCCCGACUUUACACAAUUCUCUCUUAUCUGCGGGACUUAUUCCAUGCCUCCUGGAUACUAUUUCAAUUAAACACUCCAGGUAUAGACGUACAUUGGCUUCAGCUACGCAUUUGCUAGAAGUAUUUAUCAAUAAUGCAGAUUCCACAUCCGAAUUUAUUACAAAUGAUGGAUUUAAUGCGCUAAUUAAUUCAGUAAAUGAUGAAGUUAAUUUCGCCAUUGAAAAUCCGACAUAUGGAAAACCAUCGAAAUACAACCUAGAGGAGUAUACAAUAUCAUUCAGGCAACAAGCUUAUAUCCGAAGUCUGUUAAAACUAGUUAUGAAAUUGCUAAAAACAGACUCUGGGGACAGAAUAAGAAAUUUGAUUGACUCAUCAAUCUUAUUCUCUAUGAAAAAGAUCCUGGAAAAUAGUCAAAUAUUUAGCUACACAUUGGUCACUUACACUCUUGAUAUCAUCCAAAGGGUAAUAAAUAGUGAGCCAACGAUAUAUCCAGUAUUGGUAGAAGCAGAACUGAUUCCAUAUAUUUUUGAUAAUUUCGGCAGUUUUGUCGCACCAUCAGAUGACUUAUUGCUAAUACUCCCUGAUGUCAUAUCUGCAUUAUGCUUAAAUGUUGAAGGCUUAGAACAGGUAAAGGAAAAAAACUUCGUACGUUACUUGUUCGGUAUGAUUACAAACCCAAAGUAUGCAAAAUUACUUGCGUGGAACGAAGAAUCUUCUGACUACGGAACUGCUAUAGACGAGCUCUCUAGACAUUAUCCUGAUCUCAAAGAACAAAUAUUAAAUGCUUUUUGUGAUUUAAUUCGUAAUAUCCCCAAACAUCUGUCAUUUAGGCAACCUUUCCUCUACAGAUCUUCUAAUAAAGGUGCUAUGUUCUAUUAUUCGAAAGAUGAGACAGUUGUUGAUAAUGAAGAUAAUGAGAAAGAGCUAGAGUUUUGGGAUAUUCAAGAAAGUUCCUCCAUAAUGGAAUGUUUUUCUAGUGUAUUUUAUGGUAUGGGGCUGGAGAAUACAUCCUUGGAUAAAUUCACGCAAAAAAUGGAUAUCCAAGACUUGAUCCCAAUAUUGGAUAUAGAAAGGCCACCAUUUGAUUUUUCAGCCUCACAAGCAAUGCUUAAUAUAACAGACGCUUUACAGUUAUUUGAUGAACAGGAUAAAAAUUAUGCGUUUACUCCACUUCUCAUGUUAUUAGAGAAAAAACUAAAAAAUAUCGUGCUGUUUUUGCAAUACAAAGACUCAGAGAGCUUUUUUCUUUCUUCAACAAAAAAUGGUAAAGAUGAACAAUUACAUCACGUUGAUAAUAUUUUGGGUGAGUUAUCGGGCCUGACAUCUCUGUUAUACAUUAUUACAACAGUAUACUUAAAUUUUUCAUCUUUGUCACCUACACGGUUAUUACAGAUCACGGAUUAUUUUGAUGAAAAUGGAUUUAAAUUAAUCGAGUAUAUCGGCUUGUUAUUCAGGAGAUGCGCUAUGGAAGAAAUGUACAUACGUCAAUGCUUACCCGAUUCGGUAAACGAUGAAACAACACCUGGUGAUUUAUUCAAUCUGCCUCCAAUAAAGAUAUACGCUAAUGAUCCCAAGAAAAAUGAAGUUAAAGACAACAAAACGAGUACUAAAUUUAAGAACACUUACGAAACGAGAUUUUUACUUUCCAAAUUGCAGACUUAUUCAUCGAUGCUUUUCAGAUGUUUUCUAAGGUUAACACACACCCGUAAUACUGACAUUGAACUGAGCGACAAAAGUAUUGAAAUCAGGAUAUUCGAUAAUACGAUACAACAACUAAUAAACAUGCUCAAAAUUGGACUUACACGUGAAAAUGUAUCUUUUUAUUUGGUAUUACUUCAUUUCAAUACCUAUGUUAUGACCUACUCCAGGACAGCAGUGGCCAAUAAUGAUAUCCUUCAAACAUUACCUGCAGUAUUGUUUUAUCAAAAAGGAGGCUAUUACUUAUAUUCGAGUAUUGUUAUCAGAUUGUUUCAGUAUAACGAAAGCUCUAAAAUACCUAGCUCUGUUGACGAGAUGUAUUUUGUGAAAAAUACACCCGAAAUCUUAUCUGCAAGUUGCAUUAUCAAUGCUCUAAGCUUCAUCAACAGAUCUAUGAGAACGGAUAAUAUGGAGAGUGUUAAAAAUGCCGAAACAUAUUAUCCAUUUGUCGAAAAGAGGUACGACCUUGUUUCAACUCUCUCGUCGUAUGUCAAAAAAUUAGCCCUUGGGAUGAUAAUCGAAUUGAGUCACAAUUAUAAUAUCUUUAAUUUAUCUGGUAGAUCGAUACCUUACAAUAUCUAUAAGGGUCUUUUAACAAUAGUCUCAAAUAUUUUUACGUCUUCUGGUUCAGAUGAUAAAUGCGUACUACAUGAACUAAAAUGGGAACUAAUUCCUCCUUCAUUCAAAAAAAUUGAAGUUUUAAUGUCUGCAGGUUUAAAUAAAGAUGUUGCAAAGGCUUAUUUGGAAGAACACAAUGAUAUAUUUCCCACCGUGCGGGACCCAUCUACGUUCAAUGAAAACGAAUGGGAGAUAUUAAAACUCAAAAUAAAGCAGUACGAGUCCGAUACUACAAUCAAAAAUUCCAUUAUUAAAAAUAAUCCAGAUGAAACUACGCUUGAUCAAAUGCGAGAACAAUUUUACAAGAAUUAUUUCAAAGAAACCUUUUUUAACGUGCUUCCUUUUUAUCCAAAACUAAUAAAUUCCUUUGCACAAACUUUGUUGCAAAUUUUAGAUUGUAUAGGGCAACCGUUAAAGAUGACAGCUGAAAGUAUAUUUGAGAGAAUAAACAAAACAAAACUGGAAGAAAAAUCUACCCUAUCCUCGUUGAUUCAUAUAUUUGGGAUAAUCCUAAACGACAAAAAAAUAAUGGAACAUAGUUCUGAUCUCUUUAAGCAAUAUGUCUUUUUCAUUGAAACUAAUUUAAAGGCUGAACAUGUAAAUGCACAAUGGUAUUCCAAAGCUCUUUAUGCUUAUGAAGUUAUACUGGUAAAAUCCGAUUUACCAGUACCAGAAACAUUAAGAGAAGAUGUGAAAAUAAAGUACUAUUUACCUUCCCUACCUUUAUAUUACCAUAUCAAGGAUGACGUUAGACAGCGUAUAUUUAAUAACAUUAUUCGUGUGGGCGAAAUUACAAACUUUUAUUCUGCUGUUUCUCUAACAAGGGUAUUGCUGUUGUACGGAAAAUCAGAAAAUAAUGUCAAUGAUAUCAUAAAUUCGGGAAUAUUAGCCAAAUUAUUGAAAGUAAUUGGUAUAUACCAGAAGUACGAAAAAAUAAACUUUUUGGAAGCAGCGUAUUUACUCCUUGUAAGAAGAUGCUUCGAAUCUCCAAAUGUUAUCUCGAAGUUAAUAAACCAUGAAAUUGAAAAAAGCUUUACAACAAGAACAUUGGCAGCAAAAUCUGACAGAGAACGUGAAUUAAUAAGCCUAUUGGAAGAAAAGCCUCAAAUUAUUGCAAGAAACCCAAGAAUUUUUGUUGAGAAUUUAACUCGGACUACCCAUUUACUAGAUUAUGAUUCUGAAAAUACAUUAUGGGAUUUUACAUUGAAAAGAGAUUCUAUAAGCGAACUAAAAAUGCUUGAUUCGACUGAUGAGACCCAAAAAUUGGAAGACAUUUCUGGAAAGAGGAGUGGGAUAAUUCAUCUUCUACUGUCCCAACUAAUGGCAGCAUCUAAAAAGGAUUGGUUAUCAGAACCUGCCAAUAUUCCAUCAAAUUCGAAACAUGGGAUUGUAAAUCUAGAGAAACCUGAUCCAUCAAGGAAUCCGGUAUGUGCCUACAUGAUAUUUUUAUUGAAGCUAUUAGUAGAGCUUGUAGCAAGUUACAAACAAUGUAAAUACGAGUUCUUAACAUAUGAUAGACGCCACCUUUACACAGAGCAUCCAAAACCUAGAUCUACUUCGUUAAAUUUUUUCCUUUACCAAAUUUUAGAUAAUCCGAUAGUAGAUGACCACGAUAAACAUCAAGCUAAGAGAAGAGAAGUGAUCAGUAUGCUUGCAAGAUCCGUAAUCGUGGGAUUCAUUUCUUCUGUACGUGACGAAAAAAAUGAGAAGUUAGACCCCAAAAUUGUUGACCCAGAUAUGUCGUAUAUUAGAAAAUUCACUAUUGAGGUAAUCAUAAAGGCAUUGAGAUCUGUUACUGAAACAGAAAAAACACUAGAGGAAAAUGUGAGCAAAAUCGAGACAUGGUUUAAUAUUAUUUCUCUUAUGCUAUAUAUACAAGCACCAUAUCUGCGCCCAUUGGUAGAUUCUAAUAAAACAGAUGCAGACCGUUAUCAAAUAUGUAAGCUAAUGAUUGAGCUGAAUGUUCCUACCAUGAUUACUGACUGUAUGUCCGUUUUUGAUAUUAACUAUCCUUUCUGCAAAAAAUUAUUCAACAGCGGUGUUGAAGUAUUGAAUGCUAUUAACACAACGAGAAGUGAUUUUGAAAAUUUAUUUAGGGUAGAGAAUCACGAUGAGGAAGAUGAUGUCGAUGAAGAAACCGAUAAAGAGGAUGUAACAAAUAUGUUCAAAAACUCGUCAUUAGGAAUGUAUGAUGUUGAUGAUGUCGAAGAAGACGACGAAGACGAUGAAGACGAGCUUGGCAAUGACUCUUUAAUAGGAGAGGAUGAAGACAUUGCAUUUGUGGAUAAUGAUGGAAGUGGAUUUGAGGUUGUAUUCAGUGACGAUGACAUAGGCACGGAAGCAGGUGUGGAAUCCGAUUACUCAAACGCAGAUUCUGAUUAUCCCGUCCAAGAUGAAAUUGAUGGUGCCUCAUUAGGUUUUGAUAUCGGUGACCGGGGUAUUGAAAUUGACAUGGUUAGUUCAAAUGAUAGCUUUAGCGAAACAACAGAGUCAUCUCAGGAAGGAUCAUCUGCUUAUGGCAGUGAAGGUGAAAACGAAAGUGAGAUUGACGUAGUAAGUCUUAGUGACAGCGAUGACAUCAAUAUCGAUUUAAGUGAGUACAGUAUCGAAGAUUCAGACUGGGAAUCUGGUAUUUCCGAUCUGUCAUCAGUUAGUGAUAAUUCUAGUGAAUCUGAUGAUAGCGAUUUACAUGAGGUUAUCAGUAGAUCUACCAAUGGAAGAAGAGUUUGGACAUUUGGCGACGGUGCAGAACUAGAAGACGAAUCGGACACCGAAUCGCGUGGAGUUUUCCAAGGCAUUGAGCAUACAUUUAAUCCAGAUACACAAAAUCUCUUUAGAAUAAACGAUGCAAUGGAUCUUGGUAGUAGACAUCAUAGAUCAUCGCGCAGAAAUCCACGUGCCCCAAUGAUUCCACCUUCAUUGACAUUAUUGAAUGGAAACAGGCGAAAUCAGAGUAACUUGAUUAACCCGUUGAGUCCCUCCGGUCUAGAACAAGUAGAAUCGGAAAUUACCGAACAACUCUCUAGUAUCCGGUCUGGAGUUCGUCGGAGGACUAGUAGAACUCAUUUUGCCGAUGUCUUACUUUCUGGUGAGUUGUAUAAUGAUAAUGCUGUUGAAGGAAUUGUUUUAAAAUCCUCGAUAUUUAGAUGGAGGGAUGCGUAUGAUAUGUUUUACGAUUCAAAAAACUAUGGGUUGUACCUUAUUAGUAAUAUUCUGAAUAAUAUUUAUUCCAAAAGUCUCGAUCUAAAUAUGCGGUUGACGAAGGAGAGAAAGCAAAAAGAGCAGGAAACUGCUGAUACGCACAAUACUUCUACAGAAGAUGAAAGUGAUUUGCAUGAUUAUUCGUCCGGUGAUGACCAUAUCAAUGGGGCUGGGGAUAUUUCUAUAAUUGAACACCGUUAUCACGCUAACUCACACAUAGAUAUAGAAGGAAAUAUUAUCGACCAUGAGCCAAUCUACGUUACAAUUGAUGGCGCUUCAGUAGAUAUCGGCGGUACCGAUAUAGAUCCUGAGUUCUUUAAUGCUCUUCCAGAUGAUAUGAGGUCCGAAGUUUUUGCCCAACAUGUGGGACAGAGAAGGGCAGAAUUAAUCAAUGAUGGCGAUAACAAUACCCAGCAUAAUAGAGAAAUAGAUCCUAACUUCUUGGAGGCAUUACCUCAGACACUGCGUAAUACUAUUGUAAACCAAGAAGAUAUCGCAUCAGAAGAAUUACAUCACACAAAUCGACCAGCCUCUUCAAAUCAUAGGGACAGCAACGAAGCAACUAGCCGUCAUAAUAUUACGUCUGUCGAAAGCAAUACCAAUGCCAAUCAUAUAAUGCCUGAAUAUGUCGGUGAUAGUUUGGGCCAAAAUGAAGAAGAAUCAAGCAAGAAAAAACACAAUCGAAUUUAUUUUGAUAAUCUAUUGGAUCGGACAGGUAUUGCAGCAUUAAUGAAAACAAUAUUCAUACCCCAGCCAUAUAUCAAGCGAGAAAUGUACCAUGAAUUAUUUUCUCGUCUUUGUUUGAGCAAACAAAACAGGAGCGAUAUUAUUAAUCUCUUAUUAUUAAUUUUAACUGAAGGUACCUGUGAUCAAGCGUCUUUGGAAAAAAUGUAUAAUGUUAUUAAUUCCCGUGGUAACCGUUAUACCAAACCCCAAUGUAAUUCUCAACGUCAACUUCCUCCUGAUUGUACACCUUUAGUUGUCACUAAUCAAACUAUUGAGAUAUUACAGAAUUUAAUUGAUUCGGAUAACCGCUUGAAAUUUUUCUUUAUUACAGAACAUGACAAUUUAAUGAUAAACAAAACUUUAAUGAAAUCCAAAAAAGAGAAUUCAGUGAAAAAUGAAAGAUGGCCAAUUAAAUAUCUCGUUGACUUACUAGAUAGAAAAUUAAUAACAGAUGAAACAGUACUAAUGGAUUUACUUACAAAUAUUUUACAAACAUGUACGAAGCCCUUAUUAGCGAUGGUAAAGAAUUCAAAACAAAAUCCAACUAAGAAAAAGUUCCAGACCCCAGAUUUUGAUAAGGAUGACUUUGAAAAGAUUGUGUCCAUUAUAAACCUAGAUAGUUGUAAUACAAAAGUGUUUCAACAAACUUUAAAUACCAUAUAUCAUUUAUCAUUUAUUGAUAAUGGGUUGAUGUAUUUCACUGAAAGACUUGUAAACAAUGCCAAAUCUACUGCCAAUAAUCUAUUUUAUGAUCUUACACAGCUUUCUAAGAUAACAUCAAAAGGAGUUAACGAACCUGAUACUGGUAGCGAAUUAGUUCAGAAAAUAAUAGUCCCUAGUUCUGAUCAGGCUAAGCUAUUAAAGAUUCUGACAGCAGUUGAUUACUUAUACAACCAUAAAAGAUGGGAUGAUGAUCCAAACAUGGAAAAGCUUUCUGAUAUUUACAACAAGAUGGAACUAGGUAAAAUUUGGGGUUCACUGAGUAAGUGUUUAUCAGAGUUUGAAGAAAGAAAAGACUUAAGUACAUCAGCUACAAUUUUAUUACCUGCUAUUGAAUCAUUGAUGGUCGUCUGUAAGCAUUCUGAUAUGACAAAUACUAGUAAUCAGCUGAAGAAGAUUGAGGAAGAUGAGUUGGAUUUUUCCAAGAUUAAUGUUGAAAAUCUAUUCUUUCCCUUCACGGACACUCAUAAGAAACUCUUAAAUCAUAUGAUUCGUUCAAACCCAAAAUUAAUGAGUGGCCCAUUUUCAUUACUGGUUAGAAAUCCAAAAAUUUUGGAUUUUGAUAAUAAAAGAUAUUAUUUCAUAGCAAAAUUGAACAUUGAUGACAAGACGGCUCCAAAAUUACCUGUGAGUGUUAGGAGGGAACAAGUGUUCUUAGACUCAUAUCGUUCAUUAUUUUUCAAAAAUAAUAAUGAGAUUAAAGAUUCCAAACUAGAAAUUACAUUCAAGGGAGAAAGUGGUGUUGAUGCAGGUGGUUUAACAAGGGAAUGGUAUCAAGUUCUCUCUAGACAGAUGUUUAAUCCUGACUAUGCGUUGUUCUUACCUAUUGCUUCAGACAAAACAACAUUCCAUCCGAAUAGAAGCUCAGGGAUAAAUCCGGAGCAUUUAUCAUUUUUUAAGUUUAUUGGUAUGAUUAUUGGAAAAUCAAUUAGAGAUCAAUGCUAUUUGGAUUGCCAUUUUAGUAGGGAAGUUUAUAAAAAUAUCCUUGGGAAACCUGUAUCAUUGAAAGAUAUGGAAUCGAUUGACCCGGAUUAUUAUAAAUCUUUGGUUUGGAUCUUGGAAAACGAUAUAACAGAUAUUAUUGAGGAGACGUACUCUUUGGAAACAGACGACUAUGGUGAACAUAAAAUAAUUGAUUUAGUCGAAAAUGGUAGAAAUAUACCAGUUACUAAUGAUGAUAAACAAACCUAUGUUCAAAAAAUUAUCGAUUAUAAAUUGCACAAGUCAGUUCAAGAACAAAUGGACAACUUUUUGUUGGGUUUCUACGCCUUAAUCCCCAAAAAUCUGAUUUCCAUUUUUGAUGAACAAGAAAUUGAGUUAUUAAUAAAUGGGUUACCAGAUAUUGAUGUGGAUGAUUGGAAGAAUAACACCAACUACGUUAAUUUUACUGCAAAUAGUAAAGAGGUGAGCUACUUCUGGAGAGCAGUUAGAUCAUUUGACUCAGAGGAGCGUGCUAAGUUAUUACAAUUUGUUACUGGUACCAGUAAGGUACCACUAAACGGAUUUAAAGCAUUGAGUGGGGUAGGCGGUGUAUGCAAGUUCUCAAUUCAUAGAGAUUACGGAUCAACUGAAAGAUUGCCCUCCUCGCAUACUUGUUUCAACCAACUAAUUUUACCUGCUUAUAACUCAUACGAUAUGCUACGUCGUUUACUCCUUCAUGCUAUUACCGAAGGUUCUGAAGGGUUCGGAUUGGCAUAG